CCCCCUUUAUACACACCGUAGCUGUUUCAUAGGUAAUGUAAAUUUAGUUUAUUUCAGAUAUCACUUCUAUCUUGAUAGAAUCGUGGAACAGAUCGUUAAUGUUGUUGGCUUAUGUCGAUUGAUCAGCGCUAGUUUGGUUAUCUACCUCCUAGCAUAUGUUGGUUAUGUGUUAUUUUAACGCCCUUCCUCUAGUUUAGUAUGCAAUCAUUUAUGCAUGUGUUUGCAAUACAUUUUGCAUUGUUUUAUUUCAAAACAAGACACUAUUAUGGAAUUUCUUCGGCGAACUCUUUUUUUUUGUUUUCAAGACUACCUAGAAGAAACUGAGAUUUGUUACAAAUGUGAUGAUGAGGUGAACAGGCUGAAGGAGAUCAUCACCAACCAGUCCGAACUUCUAGCACAACAGGCCGGACUCCUCUCAACUCUCCAGACUCGCCUGGACAGUGUUGUCGCACGAGUGGACUGUGCCGAGCAGUUCAUGGGAGUCAUUUCUGGACUGUCUGGGGGCGAACCGAUCUGCAGCGAUGUAGGAACGUGGUACAACAGCCCGGCAUACGAGACUAUUGACGAGUACGGCCGUGUGUGGGAGAAGUUCUGGUGGUGGAAGGCCGGCUCACGCUGGUCUGUAGCGAUCACUGACGUGCUUCAGGACAGCUACGGAACAUGUGACCCUGACAGUGACUACUGUAUGGGGAGGUUACCAAGCUGGCUACAGGAGGACAGGACCGAGCUGCUGGCCAAGGACAGCCGCGGGAACGUCUACAAGUGGGGGUUCGACUCCAACAACCCCACCGCUCACGCCGCCUGGCUGGCGUUCUAUGGUCAUCAGGAGACACUUAGCGGACGGAUUGUGAACAACAGGGCCUGGACACCAUCUGUAGGUUGCUUGUAA